AUGGCAGUUCUGCUUGUCUUCGCAGUAGGUAUUUGCUAUUCUGGUGCCUCCUCUACUUCUGUUAACCUGUACUCAAAACUUUCCUGGGAGAACACGUCUCCCUCCAGAGUAUUUUCUUGUCCUUCUGCCGCCAUGAACUUCUCUGGCAAGAUGAACACCAUGUUAAUUCCUAGAUCACCCUGCAACAAGCUUUCCAAUUCUGCACCAAAAGCCUCAGUUUCUUCAUCUAGUUCUCCAUCAUACUCCAUAUGUUCUUCCCCAUACUCUUAUGUCCAGUUUUCCUCUCCUCCUGUUUCGAGGAGUCCAAUCUGGUCAUCUGCAGAUGCUUUUGUGGCUAGCAGGUUGUUUGUUUUGUCUGAUGAAGUACUUCCAGAUUCUUCCUCUUUCUGGCAGAACUGGUCUCUGGAAGUACCUAUGUAUCAUCCUUAUUCUUGA